UCCCCUUCCCCACCCCAAAAAAAGCCCCCCCAUGGCGGAGACGCUGCAGAAGAAGCUCCAAGGGGAGCUGGAGAAAUAUCAGCAGUUACAAAAAGAGCUGGGCCGGGCGGUGGCGGCGAGGCAGAAACUGGAGACGCAGCUGACAGAAAACAACAUCGUGCAGGAGGAGCUGAACCUUCUGGAUGAUUCCAACACCAUUUUUAAGCUUUUGGGCCCCGUUUUGGUGAAGCAGGAGCUGGAGGAGGCCAAAAACACCGUGGGAAAAAGGCUGGAAUACAUCUCUGGGGAAAUGUGGGUUUGGGGGAAAAAACGG